AGCGUAGCGUGUGGUGAUCCACUGUUGAAGAAUAGAAAGCGAGACCAUAAUGACCUGCAGGCCACCAGUCUCAAAGAACUCAACACUCACAGAAACUCUCUUAAUAAGGCAAUACAAGACCUGAGCACUGAGCUGGUGGUUCACCUCCAGGCUCGAGACCAGCUGAGGAUGGAACAGGACGCCAUGCUGCUGGAGGUACAGGAUAUGACAUCACUCUGACCCAGUCCCAGGCAAGAUGGGGGACAGUUUGUACCGCAGAUUUCGUACUAGAAAUUCCUCUCCAGGUUUCUAUCUCUAUGAGAAGGCCCAUCACUAUAGAAUCCUUCUAAUCAUUCUAAUUCUAUGGUGAGUCGUCAUCACAUAAAAUGGAAUCCUGGUGUUGGUGAUGUCACAAUUAAUCGAUGACGGAUUAGACACCGCUUCUUCAAACGAAAGGAUGAGUCAAAUCACUGUGAAGAGACUGCAUCACCCCUAAAGACUGUUGAAUUGAAUUGCACAGCGUUUUCUUUUUCUUUUUAUACCCAGUGAGCAAAACUGGUUGAAAUGACAUCAUUACACCCAUUUUUACAUUCAUUAUGACAUCACGUCAACCAGUUUUGUUUGCCCUCUGUGUCAUUUUUGUUUGUGGGAAAUCAAAUGUGUAUGKCUGGACUGUGGUUAGUGGUUAGACUAGUGGUUUUAGUGUUUUAGGGGGAAAUAACUGGAAUAUUAUAAGGGAUUAAUAAAUUACCAUUGCUUCCCAUGGAUUGAUCUUGCUCUAAUGUCAUUGUCAUCCAAGUGUUGAAAUGUAAUGGUUGUUUGCUAGCACAUUAUUCGAACUAUGCGUCAUAUUACACCAAAUAAAGUUGAUUCUGAUUGCAUAAUAAUCAUCUAACCACUAGGCUACCGGGGCGGCAGGUAGACUAGUGGUUAGAGUGUAGGGGCGGCAGGUAGAC